ACCCACAAACCGCAAGAUCAUGACCUGAGCCAAAGUCGGAUGCUUAACCAACUGAGCCACCCAGGCACCCCUGCACUGGUGUCUUUUAAGAGGCUGAGGUCUGCUAUGACCCCAGGCCUGCUGCUGAAUAAGGAGGGCUGCUUUUAUGAGAAAACCUACCUUUUCUGUUUUUUCCUGGCUUUGCCCCAGGGUGUUAUGAUGCAGCAGCACUGUACUAUGUGUUAGACCUGGAAUAUUGGAAGUCUGUGCAGCUCAACAGCUUUCUGGAGGCAGGUCAGCUACCUGUGGUGGCUACCUUCUGCUCUUAACUAUUAGUUAACUAUUGCAAGUGUUAUCAUUGCCUGUGGGGUCAUUUACUUAGCCCCUUUUAGCUUUUGCUAAGGGUAAUGACCACAGUCCUGUGCUCUGGGAGUAGCAGCCUUCAGAGUGUGAGUGUGUGUGUGUGUGUGUGUAAGAGUGUGGGAGGAGGUCCCUGAGGGGGUGGCAGGGACAGUGCUUCAUUCAUGGCUGUGUCUCCAGUACCCAGCACAGAGCCUAGUGUGCAGAAAGAUCAAUAAAUACUUGUGGAAUGCAUGACUGCCGGCUGCCUGUGUCCUCCCAGUGGGGGAGCUGGAGACCCUCACCAGAGGCCAGAUUACUGAUGUGCUCAGCCAGCCAGGCUGACUCCACCCUCCAGAGUGUCCUCCACCCCUUCCCUUCCCCCACGUGACCUUGCACUCCUGGUGUCCUGAAUGUGCAAUUCAGGCCUUCCAGCCCUUUGGAUCUUUGACCUUUUGGAGGCUGGGCUGUCAUCAAGGGAGGUCUAGCUCCUGGCUCUGACUCUGAGCAGCUUAACUGGUUUGGACAGCCUAAUCUGCCCUGGAGGAUCAACUGGAGUCGCCUGGGGCUGUUUCCCUACAGAUUAGAGUCAUUGCACUCUGCUCUAAAGCCCCGCCUGCUCUUGGGGCUGCGCCUGCUCUUGGGGCUGCGUGCCUUUUGGGCUGCCCGCCCCUUCUGAUCCCCCUUUAUGGGAGAGAGACCUGUCCAAGCAGAGCCUGGACUACAUCUCCCAGCGUGCCUGGCAGAGUGGUGGCCUCCAAGUGCCGGCUGCACCAGUUGCGGGCAACAAUGCAGCGGGCAGUGAGCAUGGUGGCCCAUCUGGGCUUGCGUCUGCAGGCGUUCCCGUCGGCCCUGGGCCGUCCACUCAGUUCCGCACAGGACGUGCUCCGCAGGACACCACUCUAUGACUUCCAUCUGGCUCAUGGCGGGAAGAUGGUGGCGUUUGCAGGCUGGAGUCUGCCUGUACAGUACCGGGACAGCCACAUUGACUCACACCUGCACACACGCCGGCACUGCUCGCUCUUUGACGUGUCCCACAUGUUGCAGACCAAGAUACUUGGCUGUGACCGGGUGAAGCUGAUGGAGAGUCUCGUGGUUGGAGAUAUUGCAGAGCUAAGGCCAAACCAGGGGACGCUGUCGUUGUUUACCAAUGAGGCUGGAGGCAUCUUAGAUGACUUGAUCAUCACCAGCACCUCUGAGGGGUACCUGUAUGUGGUGUCCAAUGCUGGCUGCUGGGACAAGGACUUGGCCCUCAUGCAGGGCAAGGUCAAGGAGCUUCAGAACAUGGGCAGUGAUGUGAGCUUGGAGGUGGUGGACAAUGCCUUGCUAGCCCUGCAAGGCCCCACUGCGGCCCAGGUAUUGCAGGCUGGCGUGGCAGAUGACCUGAGAAAACUGCCCUUCAUGACCAGUGCUGUGAUGGAAGUGUUUGGUGUGUCCGGCUGCCGUGUGACCCGCUGUGGCUACACAGGAGAGGAUGGUGUGGAGAUCUCGGUGCCAGCUGCGGGGGCAGUCCACCUGGCAACAGCUCUGCUGGAAAAUCCAGAGGUGAAGCUGGCAGGGCUGGCGGCCCGGGACAGCCUACGCCUAGAGGCAGGCCUCUGCCUGUAUGGGAGUGACAUUGAUGAACACACCACACCUGUGGAAGGCAGCCUCGGUUGGACACUGGGGAAGCGCCGCCGAACUGCCAUGGACUUCCCUGGAGCGUCGAUCAUUGUUCCUCAGCUGAAGGGCAAGGUGCAGCGGAGACGUGUAGGGUUAAUGGGCGAGGGGGCACCUAUGCGGGCACACAGCUCCAUCCUGAAUACAGAGGGCACCGUGAUUGGUACUAUUACCAGUGGCUGCCCCUCUCCCUGCCUGAAGAAGAAUGUGGCCAUGGGUUAUGUGCCCUCUGAGUACAGUCGGCCAGGUACCCCACUGUUGGUAGAGGUGCGGCGGAAGCAGCAAAUGGCUGUGGUCAGCAAGAUGCCCUUUGUGACUACAAAUUACUAUACCCUCAAGUGAGGGUGGAUUGAGUCAAGGCCCCUCCUGUCCAAGAGCCUGGACCUGGAGGGCAUUCUACAAGGGUUAGUCAGGAAGCUGAGGCUGAAUACACUGGGGGUAGGCGGCUAGGGUGGAGGUUGGUUCUGGUUUUCUGGUUGAGGGGAGAGCCAUACCACCUAUUUUUCCCUCUCGUCAUGUGCCUGGAGGCACACUUCUUGAAAGACCCCAUUUCUGAGCAAUGGACUAGCUUAUGCAAUGUCAGCUCAUGCUCCCAUUGACCCCAUUCUUGUCUGCUGGAAGGCUAUGGGAAGUUAUAGUUCUGGCAUCUUUCCCUUCUACUCUGCCAGGUGCUGGCUGUGGAAUAGAGGCUUAUAUUUAGGCAGGAGAGGAAGCCUGCCCACCCUACCUCACCAUGGUUUCUCAUACUGCAAAGGGGUUAUUACCUUGGGUAGCGCUGCCUCUCCCUGGGCAGGAAUGAUUCCUGACUCACAGAGGCUUGGCCCUGUUGGGCCGUUGUGCCUGUAUAAACUUGGGACAGCUGAGGGGGCACAGACUUACUCUUCCAUCUUCCCAAGUUAGCCCAGCCUGCUGCCAAGUAGCAAACCAUGCCAGACUCGCCACCUGUUCUGAGCCCCAGGGCUGUUAUAGAGCAGACUGGGCCUCUUCCUGGACCUGCCUUACUCUGGGCUGACCUUUGCCCCUGGGGCCCAUUACUGGACUCUACUGACUUCUAACAAAACAUUAAACAAGCUUCCUUUCUUCUUGCU